AGAUAAAAGGUGCAGCCCAGGUGAUUCUCACCUGGCCGCUUUUGGACUGGAAUGCGCCCCGAUUUACCAAGUGAAUGGUAUCAUUACGCAACAUUUAUGUGCAAAUGCUUGUUUGACUGAUUAGUAAAAUCUCCUAACCUGUACAUGGCGCAUGUGAAACAUGUGAGAGAACAGAAAAGUGAACGAAAACAGAGGAAAUUGUUGCAUUCGCUUGUGGGAAAAUGUCAAGGGUUGUGAACCAGUUUGGCAAUGUUCAUAAAGCAAUGGAGGCAUUGCCAUAUCCGCACUAAGUAGUCUGUUGCAGUGACAGAUGGUUUCUCACCCUGGAAUAACCAAUGUUGGAUAUAAUUGAAUCAAGGGGGUGGUGCAAGGGCAGAAGGAAGAGAAAGAGAUGAUGUUCAGCUGAAAGGAUAAGAAAAAUUACACCAAUGAAGAGGCGACAGCGAAGUAAAAGAAAAAAAAUGGAGGGACAGAAGGAAGUGGGGCCCAAAGGUGGACAGGAUGCAACUGAAGGGGAAGAGGGAGAGGGGGAGGGUAAAAAGGAUGAAGACAAAGAAAGCGUUGCAGGAGAGAAAGAUGACAGUGCUGAAGUCCAAGGGGACAGUGAACAGGUGUUAGAGCAAGAAGCAAGAGAUAAUUCAAGAGGAUGUUUGAUAAUAGAUGAAGAUUCAGCCCAAGAGAAAGAGGAAAUGAAUAGUGAAAACUGUACCAUCAAAGUUGAAGACACAGAGGAAGUUUUAGAUGAAGUUUUAGAUGAGGCGGAAGAAAAUCCAGAUGAAAAUCAGAAUUGCUCACUGGAAUGGGAGAAUCAAAACAGAGAAGAAAGUUACCAAACUCAGGAAAAUGACAGAGAAAAAGCAGUGAGUAAAAUUGUUGACAAAAGUGACACAGGUGAGCCAGGAGUAAAUGGGGAUGAGGAUGAAUUAAGAAAGGGUAUUAAAGAAGAGGUUUGUUCAGAUGAAUCACCUUUGGGAUCACCAAUGAGUCCCAUGGAAACAUCUCCCUCAACAUCUGCUGUGCCACAGGAAAAUGUUGUGGCUCAGCUAAACCAACUUCAGCAGACAGUAGUGUCACACAUACUACAGUAUCAGGCAGGAGUAAUGGCACAGUUCCAACAGCUGCAGCAGCAGAUGCUAUCUCAGCUAACUUCUGGAACUCCUCAGACCACUUCAGCAGCAGGAGUCAAAAACAAUCGCAAACGUCCAGCAUCUAGUAUGAGUAGUGCUGAUACUCGUGAAGAUAAACUUACCUUAGCAGAUAUACACUGCAAGCGCAAGCGAACCGCAUUUGAUCAAAGACAAUAUCAAGUGCUUGAGACAACCUUUGAACACAACAACUUCCCUGAACCAAUUGACCAGCAUUGCAUUGCUCUGAGGAUUAAGACCCCAUACCGCAGCAUCAAGAUGUGGUUCCAGAACAGACGGGCCAGCAUUCGCAAGCGAAUGUCACCUAAAGAAAAAGGAGUAAACUCCGCAGAGAAAACAAAAAAUGCCAGUGAUCCUGAUGCAAGAUGGUACUGCACGCUUUGUCCAUCUACAUUCAUUUCAAAAAGAUUCCUAGAAAAUCACAAGGAAGCACACGAAAGGGAGACCUUGUAUUGCCCACACUGUAAUAUGGGAUUCACCCACAAGGUUUUGCUAGAUACACACAAGAUUUCUAAGUGUUCGUCAAAAACAGGAGUAGACUUGACUCACCUUGAAGAAGAGUAUUCAAAUACAGCAGCGACAAAAAAGGGAAAGAUACAAAGAGUCGAAAAGAGCAAAUCGAGCACAUUGACUGCUGUGAAUAUUCAGUCAGCCUUGCCACUCCUUAUGUUGCAGCAGCUACAAAAGCAACAACAAGAAGCCAAACAGGAUCAAAGCGAGGAGCAGCAUCCAAUAAAGAAAGAAAAGGAUGCCAUCCAUGUCCCACCUUUGCUUGUGGCUGGAGCAGGACCUCAGAAAGAGACAAAUAACCAGGAAGACACUUCACAAGAGCAUCAAAGUCAGUCACAGUUGACAGUAAUACAACAGAGAAGACUCAUGCAACAACUUCUGCUAGUACAGUUACAGCAAGCACAAAAAGCUCAACAAAAAGAAGAAAUGAAACAGGAUGACUCACAACAACCUGCUAGUCCCAAUGGCUCGCUCACUGUUGGAGGUUUGACAAUAUUCCCUGUGAAAUCAUCACCAUCAGAUGAACAGAAAAUUAAAGUUGAGGUGAAGGAGGAGCAAGAAAAUGCAUCACAAUCAGACCAAGAAGAUAAACAACCUUCAUCUUUACAAGAUCAGAUUACAUCUAUUCUACAAAGUCAGGGACUCAAAUCUCUUUGGAAACCACCAAAUAUUAAGACAGAGGUGGACAUGUUAGAUGCAAAAGCUGAGAAGAGGGAGUCAAUGCAAGAACAGAUAAAUGCCAUUCUGAAAAAUCAGGAAGAGAUCAGAAAGAGGAUAGGGAAGAACAAUGAAGAAGAUUCUACUGAUGUGUCAGGCAUGAAACGUCAUCGCAGAAGAACAACUGUGUUUAAUGAAGUUCAGCUUAGAACUUUGUACAUGCACUUCACUUACUGUAACUUCCCUGAUCCUUCCAUGUUCAAGAUAAUUGGACACCUCACAAAAUUGGAGCCUCAGGUCAUUAAGAUUUGGUUUCAGAAUGAAAGGUCAAGACAAAGAAAACGCGCUACUCAUAUAGUUGAUGAAGUGAACUCAAAAGAAAAACCCUACAAGUGCAGAGAUUGCGGAAUGUCUUUUGCUAUGUUGACAUUCCUUGUAAAGCACAGUAUGCGUCACAAUGGAGACACUGACCAGGAUGAAUUUGUUCGAACUUGCCCCCUCUGUUUGCAGAAAUGGAACAAAGAUGUCUUUGCCUCUCAUCUGAAGAGCCGACAUAAUGUGAAUUUAAGUUUAGUAGAAGAGAAAAAUGUUGGAAAUCUGAUGUGUUAUUUAUGUGAUGAAAAAUUUACUGAUCAAGAAAGUUUAAUGAUUCAUAAACACAAACAUCUAAAGGAUGAUUAUGGAGAUCCUCCUGA